CCAAGGUUCAUUCUUGACAUGGUAUCAGAGCCAGGUCCAUCCCCGUUUUGGGCUCCCGGUCCACGCGCCAGUGCCAGUUAGUACUGGGCGUGAGGGGCGUGUUAGAGUGGGUAAAAGUCCCACAUUGGUUGGGGAAUGGACUAGUGGUUUGCUUAUAUGGACUUGGGUAAUCCUCCCCUCUUGAGCUAGCUUUUGAGGUUGAGUUAGACCCAAGAUUCAUUUCUUAACAAUCUUCUCCUCCGUACAAAUUUUAUUAAAGCUAAUACUUUGAUACUUUGCUGCAAAGGGGAACAUUAUUGUCUUACGAUCAAUGCUGCAUGUGUUCACUAGCUCCAAACAUAUUUUUUCUGCCUAACCCUUCUCUCUUUAUCUUCUCCUCCACACAAAUCUUAUCAAGUUAAUAUAGUCAUACACAAAAACAAAGAGCAGCCAUUUCAGACUUUUCAUCAACAAAAAAGAUCCGGAGAAUUUGGCUAGUGAAACUUGAAAGAUACUUACAGUCAUGGAAAAACAAGGAGAAAUAGAGAAAGGAAAAGCAAAUAAUUUUGAGGUGUCAUUUUCUGCUCUUCGCAAGGAUGUUGACAACGUUUUGGAUUUCAUGGAGAGGUUAAAGAAUGAAGAAGAUCAAAAUGUUGUUAAUGUGUAUCUAAUUGAAAGGCUGAGACUUGAACUGGCAUUUAUUUGUAUCUACGUCCAGCUUUCUUAUUCUGAUUUGGAUACAAUGACUGCUUCAAGUCAAGGGGUUAAAGAUAUGCUUCGAUCAAUUUUGAACGCUGUUGGCAACAAUGUCAGGUGUAAAUACAACAUGGAUCAUGUCCUUCCUAGCCUCACGGAUAAUAUCGAUGAUUGUGUCAGCUCGUGUCAUCAUUAUACAUCAAGUGCCACCAUGACUGAGGAGCAGUUGAACUUCCUCCUCUUGAAUCUCCAUCAUAUAUCCAAGUAUUAUGGUGAACAGAUAUUUCGAUUAGAGAUUCUUCAGAAUGUAUGUGGAAACGUAGGAGAUUUCCAUGGGUUGAUAGUGAAUGGUUGCGUUGAGCAUAAAAUUGUUGAAUAUGUCUUACCUCAGCUCCAAUAUAUGGCUGACAGAGUUGGGCGCUUCAUUAUGUAUUCGUUUCACUCCAACCUGGCUCAUCUACUCUUGAAGGUUAUCCCAAUUGAACUGGAGGUCAUUCACAUAUGCUUUACAAAUUUGAGAGCAUCAACUUCAGCGGAAGUUGGACGCUUCAUUAAGAAUCUCCUGGAAAUCUCUCCGGACAUUCUGUAACGCCCCGGAAACGGGUCCCCAGACGUCACACGGUGGUUAAGUCAUAAGUGACCCCAAGCUAAUCCUUCUACUGGUAUAACUCAUAAGCAACUGAAUAAAAAGUAUAAAUCUGUACAAAUUAGCGGAAAACAACUCUUUUGAUCAA